AUGUACAUAGGCCUGUUCUUUUCAGCUUACUUCUUGCACGGUUCAUCUUUUCUCUUUUUCUCUCUAACAUGAAAAGAAAAGGAAGAAAGAUGAACUGUGCAAAAAGUUUAGCCGAAAAGAACAGACCUCAUGAGUGCUAGGAAAGUGACGCAGGUGUGAAAUGUAGAUUUAGGUUAGAGGGAAACAACUGAUUCAGAAUCAAAUUUUUAUUCGAAGAAAAACUUAGAAUUAGAUUAUAUAAAUCGUAUAAAAAGAAUUAGAUUAGAUCUAAUUAUCCUGGUCAUCGCGUAGCCGCGCUAUCAGGCCUGAGCCUUGAAAGGAACUUCGAAAGGGUGAUUUGAUGUUUUGCAUACUUGACAAGUUAUUCGUAUGAUAAAGACGAUGGCAGGCUCGGCACUCAGACGAUUGAUGGCUGAAUAUAAACAGCUAACCUUAAAUCCUCCGGAAGGUAUCAUUGCCGGUCCGAUUAACGAAGAAAAUUUUUUCGAAUGGGAAGCUCUCAUCACCGGACCAGAGGGGACUUGCUUUGAAGGCGGAGUAUUUCCAGCCAAAUUAAUAUUUCCUCCAGAUUAUCCAUUGAGCCCUCCAAAAAUGCAGUUUACUUGUGAAAUCUUUCAUCCCAAUAUCUAUCCAGAUGGAAGAGUUUGCAUAAGCAUAUUACAUGCACCUGGCGAUGAUCCAAUGGGUUACGAAAGCAGCGCAGAGCGGUGGAGUCCCGUACAAAGUGUAGAGAAGAUAUUGUUGAGCGUAGUAAGUAUGUUAGCUGAACCAAAUGACGAAAGUGGCGCCAAUGUAGAUGCCGCCAAGAUGUGGAGGGAAGAUCGCAGUGAAUUCGAGAGGAUAGCUCAGAAGCUGGUGAGAAAAACUUUGGGUAUUCCACCUUAGAAUAUGUCUACUGAAAAAAAUAGAAAAGGAGAAAGAAAAGAGCAGAUGAAUGAUGAUUAUUCUUGUCGAUCAAUGACAUUCCUGUAGAAAACAAUAAAUUUUUACCUGUGCAAUAAACGAAUCCCUUGUGUGCAAU